CAGCUGUCCCGAGCAGCAGCCUCUACUCGCACAGGAAAAUGAUAGACUUUAUUGGCAGCCGCUCGAGGAGAAACCAAAGGCGCCCAAGUUCGAGGCCUUCAUGAUGACCGGAGACAAGAUGCUGAACAUUUCCAAGACGCAGCAGAGCAUCUUGCCAAAACAGCAACUGAAAAAGGUGGAUCACGCGAGGUUCCACAACAGCCACGCACAUCACUUGAGACAUCAGCAGCAUAACUCGGUGCCGAACAGUCCGAACGAGAUGGACAUGGGUCUGAGAGGAAACCACCGAUCGUCGGGCCCGAACUCCGCCAACACCUCUCCAAUCAGUGCCAACAAAAGAGAUUCGAACCCGUCGCCGAGUGACAAAACAUUCAAUAAUUUCGUGCGAACGAGCAGAUCCGAGGAUCAGCUGCAGGACACGAAGAGCAUGAGUGCGGUCGACAUCGACGUGGACGAUGACAUAACGAGCUCGCUGAACACGCUGCUGGACACGCGGCCCGAUGCCGGCUCCUCCAGCAACGUGUGCACCUCCAGUAACAGUGAUAGAAUAGUGUGGACGUACAACGCCCCGGUGACGACGAGCGCCGAGCAGAACAAACUAUGCCAGACCCUCUCGAACGGCAGCAGCUCUUCGCCGACGUCGUCGAGCCCAUUGCGCUCGACCUCGCCGCAGUCCCCCACGUCCGUGUCUUCCUCCGUGAUGUCGAGCCAUUCGGGCUCAGCCCGGAAACUGCCCUACACCCUCACCAAUGGCCCGCACACCGAUUCCGGUCAGUACAAUCAGACCAACGGCGGCGACUUCAGCGUCUCUGAAGCCAUCUCGAACAUCUCCAGUCCGGACUACCACGACGACGACAGCAUGGGCAUCCGGGACUACGUUAUGGAGAUCAGCGAUCACAGCGACAGCGAUAGCACUCUUCUCGUCUCCGAACCCAGGCAGAGACUCGGCUCCGACGGUGAUCACAGGAUCGUCAUACAGGUCAAAGGACCGGACAAGGAGCAGCAGAGCACCGUCAAGGACCGCGGAAAACAAUCCUCCAACAAGACCAACAACAAAGAUCAACCUACCUUUGACCAGCAGACCUGCUACUAUGGAAUGGAAUUGACGGACGUGGUGGAGGACGUGUGGCCGCCGGCUUCCGAAGACGACAGCGAUCUUGAAAGUCUGCACAGUUUUCACCUGACGCCUAAAGCAGUUGACAUGCCGUCGGCAAUACGACUGGCGAAUCGUCUUUACAAUUUGGACGGCUUCAAGAAAUCCGACGUUUCCAGGCACCUCAGCAAAAACAAUGAAUUCAGCAGAGCCGUUGCCGACGAAUAUUUGAAGAAUUUCAAUUUUUACAAAGACAUAUUAGACUUUGCUUUGCGAAAGUUCCUCAAGCAGUUUUCCCUGACCGGCGAGACGCAGGAGAGGGAGAGAGUGCUAGUUCAUUUUUCGAAGAGAUAUUUAGACUGUAAUCCGGGUUCCUUCAAUUCUCAAGAUGCCGUACAUACCUUGACGUGCGCCAUAAUGUUGCUCAAUACCGAUCUGCAUGGCCAGAGCAUGAGUAGAAAAAUGACCUGUAGCGAAUUUAUAGAAAAUUUAGCUGGACUAAACGAGGGUGAGAACUUCCCGAAGGACGUACUGAAGGAGCUCUACAACGCGAUCAAGAGCAACCCCCUGGAAUGGGCACUUGACGAGGAGAACGAGGAUAACGUGCAGAUGCAGCUGAAACCCAUCGAUUCCAACAUCGGCGGAAAUCCAUUCCUGGACGUGCCCUGCCUCACGAACGCCAUCGAAUACAAGAAGGGAUACGUGAUGAGGAAAUGCUGCUACGAGACCAACGGAAAAAGAAGCCUUUGCUGCAUUUUUCUAGCUCCGUUUCACAAGCGUAGCUGGAAAAUGUUCCACUGCACGUUGCGAGACCUGGUCCUCUACCUGCACAAGGACGAGAACGGCUUCAGGAAAAACCAGAUGAGCGACAACCUGCACAACGCGAUCCGGAUACAUCACGCCCUCGCCACGAAGGCUACCGACUACACGAAGAAGCAGUACGUUUUCCGGCUUCAAACCGCCGACCAAGCCGAGUAUCUGUUUCAAACCAGCGAUUUGAAGGAACUGCAGUCGUGGAUCGACACGAUAAACUUUGUGUGCGCCAGCUUCUCGGCGCCACCACUGGAGGCGGCGGUAGGAUCUCAGAAGAAAUUCCAAAGGCCUUUACUACCAUGUAGUCACACGAAAUUUAAUUUACGCGAACAGUUAUUAGAUCAUGAAGAGAGAGUUACUAGACUGGAACGGGAUUUAAUGGAGCAUCAGCAAAUGCCUCCGGAGCGAGGGUCCAAGUCCUUGGUAAUACAGAAUUACAAAGAGCGGGAGGCGUACUUGAGCUACGAGUUGAAGAGGUACAAGACGUACGCUUACAUUCUGCGAUCUCGGAUGGCACCGCAAUACCAGGAGCUGGGCGUGAGCCUCGUGGAGACCGCCAUCGGCGAAUUGGACGAGGCGACGGGCGGAGCCGUGACUUAUUUGGAUGGGGGCGGUACCGUGGUGGCUCCGCCCAUACCCGACCGCCCCUCGCCGCAGACAAAUAGGAAAAUGGUGGAUUAAGCAGCUGGCGAACAAAAAAUUUGAUUUGAUCAUAUAGACGUGAGGCGUGAAAAA